UAAAUCAUUGACACAUAAAUUAAUCUUCAUCUACAUUUCUAUAAAUUUUAUAUUUUUCUUUAAAUUGUCCAUUUUUAUAAAUCAAAGUUAGUAAAUUAAAUAAACAAAUUUAUAUUCGGAACAUCAUAUUUUUUUUUAGAGAAAAUAUUUUUUUAAAUUUUGCUUCUUACCUAAAAAAAGAAUUAGAUAUUGUGUUAUUAAUUUUAGUUAGUGUGUGUGUUAAUAAAACGAUAUGAGUGAAAAAAAAUUUAAAUCUAAAUUAAGAAGUUCAGAAACUACUAAACGUCGUUCAGAAGAAUCAAUGUUAUCACCAGAUUUUUCUCAAAUUGCAUCGCAAACUAUUGUACAUGAACAAAACCGACCUAUUUGUAUGGGAAGAGGCAUGGCUAUAAAAAGAAUGACCCAGCAAUCUUUAGAAUCCAAAAUGCAAUUAUUAAGUAAAGAUAUGGAUUUUUCAAAUUCAACCAUAGAAAAACAUUUCAAUCAAUUAAGAUGGGAAAAUGCUAAAAAAUAAAUUGUGGAAUAUAUGUAACAAACAGUAGUAUACAUACAGGGGGGUUUUCAUAGUCUAACCCUUCCAGAGCCAAACAUUUUUUUUAAAUUGUGUUUUAAUAUUCCAUUAUUGAUUGUUAUACUCAUAAUUUAAGUAUUCAAAUAUUAUUAUUUAAUAUUAAUAAUUGUUAUUUUAUAAUAAAUAUUAAUUACUAAGUCUUUUGUUUACUAAAAAUUCUUCACACCAACUCUAAAUGUAAAAGUACAAAUUAACAUUUAUUUCAUGGACUUGGCUAUUUUA